AUGACAUACAAUCCCUUAACAAUCGUAUGGGUCAAUGGCAAAGACGUGGUCGUCUCUUCUCGAAUGGCAUUUGGCUACUUCACUCCUCCACCUUACGAAGAUGCAGAGUACACCGUUCUCCCCGGCACUGUCGUCAAUGAUACGCAUUACUCCGCCACAGCUCUAUGCCGAGGCUGUACAUACUGGGCACCAUAUGGAAACGAUCCAACAUCUUUGGACCCCAACGGAGAAAACUACUUGGCGUUUGCUUACUCUGGCGUGCCAGUUGAUGACCCGACUGCCAACGACACAACUUUCGGCAUCCACGAGCGCGCAGGACACUGGAUGCACAACUUCCAACCGGCUCAGGCAGUCAAUUUUGAAUCUUGGGCAGCGGGCAAUUCUGAAGGCGAACGUCCCACCAGCGCCGUUACCAAAACGACGCUGCUGACCACCUUGUCGACAUCCACUUUGCAUAGUACCACGACUCCCAAGACCAAUGUCACCAGGACAGGCGCUUCACUCAGUAGCGUAACGGCCACUGUCUCAUCUCCGCGUUCCACUUCUACAUCGUCCUCCACCGUAUACAGCGCCCCUGUGCCUCCAGUCCCCAACUCGUGCUCUGGCGUCAGCGCCUUCAGGUUCGGAUACCAGACUGCGAAUGGCUGGAAAGCCGUUAAGCUUGCUGGAUCUCUGACAGGCCCCCGCGGAUUGGUUGUCGACUCCGAGGGCAAUUUACUCGUCGUACAAUCGGGCAAAGGUGUCACGGCUCACACCUUUGGGGCCGACGGCUGCAUCUCUUCCACAAAGACCCUGAUCAGCAACCCCUCGCUAAACCAUGGCAUCGGCUUGACGCCUGAUGGCAAGACGUUGUACGUCACCUCCAUGACAACCGCAUGGUCUUAUGUCUACGACGCAAAAGCUCAAAGCGUGAGUGCGCAGACUGUUGUCGUCAAGGGAAUGCAGCAGGGAGGUCACCCAACGCGCAACCUCGUCAUUCCGCCGGCAACGCCGCAUCUCCUCGUCAUCCAGCAAGGCUCUUACAGCAAUUUUGACCAUGAAUCACUCAACAAGGCAGUGGCACGUGCUAUGGUCAAAGUAUUUGACAUGCGCAGCGUGCCAUCCGGAGGUUAUACAUACGCCUCCCAGGGGUGGCUUCUCGGAUGGGGCCUGCGCAACGAAGUAGCCCUUGCAGCGGACGGGAACAAUGCGAUUUGGGGAGUGGAAAACAGCGGUGACGACUUCGCCCGCACAGUCAACGGCCAGAGCUACGACAUCCACAACGACAACCCAGCAGAAGAGCUGAACUUCCGUAAUGGUACCGGGUACCCGACCUGCUUCACUGUCUGGGAGCCGUCCGUCAUCAAGGACAAGACCUUCAAGGUCGGGCAGCAGUUCGUCGUCGCUCCCAACAGCACCUUCAACGACGAUACUUGCACUCAACGCUCUGUGGCACCCAGACUUUCGAUCCAAGCACAUAGUGCACCCAUAGGCGCCGUUUUCGACAGCGCGUUCCAAAAUCUGUACGUCACGCUGCAUGGCUCGUGGAACAGGUCACCUGCCACGGGAUUCAAGGUGUCUGUGGUGCCGUUCACCCAGCUCACUUAUGGCGUAUAUGAUCCGGUUGCCGCUCCAGACUCUAAGACUGGUUACACUGAUGUCUUUUGGAGCACAAACGUCGGAAGCUGCACGGGGUCGACCUGUUUUAGACCUUCCGGCAUUGUCUUUGACAAGGGAUUCUCGAGGUUGUUUGUGGCCAGUGACAACACCGCGGAGGGUGAACUCUUCAUGCUCGUCAAGUCUUGACACAGGUACAACUCAAUGCUUGCAGAAGGAAAGUCGUGCAG